GGGGGAAUUAGGGUUUUCUUUCUCCUUUUUGGGUUCCUAGGGUUACGUUUCCCCCAUGGCGCAAGGUAGCAGAGCGAGCGGCGUUGUGAAGUGGUUUAACGGCCAGAAGGGCUUCGGCUUCAUAACGCCAGACGACGGUGGGGAAGAUCUGUUCGUCCACCAGUCGUCCAUCAAAUCUGACGGCUACCGCAGCCUCGCUGAGGGGGAAGCGGUCGAGUUCGAGAUCGAGCAAGGCGAUGAUGGACGGACCAAGGCCGUCGAUGUGAGUGGGCCUAACGGAUCCUCCGUGCAAGGAGACGGGAGGGGUGGAGGCGGCGGCGGCGAUGGGGGCCGGGGGUACGGGUUCGGUGGUGGAGGCGGCUAUGGCUUCAACGGCGGUGGUGGAAGAGGAGGCGGGAGGGGCGGACGUGGUGGGAGUUACGGCGGCGGCGGUGGCGGCUACGGUGGUGGCUACGGUGGCGGAGGCGGCGGUAGCAGCUACGGUGGUGGCUACGGCGGCGGAGGCGGCGGCGGAUCUUGUUAUAAUUGUGGGGAGCAGGGCCACAUGGCGAGGGACUGUUAUCAGGGCAGCGGUGGCAAUGGGAGGAGUGGCGGUGGCGGCGGCGGUGGCGGGAGGUAUGGCGGCGGCGGCGGAGGCGGUGGCGGUGGCAGAUCGUGUUAUAAAUGCGGGGAGGAGGGGCAUUUUGCUAGGGAGUGCCCUAGCAGCCAGAUGGAGUGAAGUAGGUAAGUUUUUUUCUUUUCUUUUUGGGUUUCCUAUCAGAUAUUUGAAUUGAGUUUUGGUUUAUUGGGUUGUUAGUAGUGAAAAUCCGACCGUUGAUGGAGAUGGGUCCGGUUUUUCUCCUUUACUUGCUAUGCUGAUAUGCUUUUUUUGGACCUGUAAUCGGAGCAACCGAGCUUUGAUGUAGAGGGAAUGAAAGGUUUGUUUUCUUUAUAAAUUGAAAAAAAAAUUAAAAAAUAAAAAAGAGUGGAGGA